AUGGGGACAUAUGGGGGCUAUGGGGCCGUGGGAGGCCAUGAGAACUCCUGUGGGGCUGUUCCCCCCGAGCGUUUCCCGGUGUCGGAGGUGGAUGUUAUCCUGAAGGAUGUGGUUUUUCUCUUACAGGUUAUUAAAGCUCGAGUGAAAGACCUUAUGAUCCCGAGGUACAAGAUUGUUGUGGUGACACAUGUUGGGCAGCUGAAGGAGCAGAGCAUGCAGAUCGGAAGCAGGUGCCUGUGGGAUCCUGCGAGCGAUACGUUUUCGUCAUAUGUGUUCAAGAAUGCUUCACUCUUUGCUCUUGCAAACGUCUAUGCUGUCUAUUUUGAAUAA